AUGGCACAGAAUCGACGAAGCUCUACGGGUCCUUUUCAUGUUCCCAAACCGACCACCAAUUCUGACGGGAAUGACAUUGAUUUUGGUAGAUCGCAAGUGAAGCCUAAUGCUAGGACUCGUCACGUACGUUGGAGUGAUAAGAUGGAUGGUUUUAUGAUCACUUCACUUGUUGAACAAGUGUUGGCUGGGCACAAACGAAGUGACAAUGGCUUUACUUCAUUUCAAGUAUCUAAGGCAAUUGACAGGGUUCUCAAUGGAUGCGGGGUCAUGGUCUCAGAUAAGAAUGUAAGGGCAAGAUUAAAGACUCUUAAAAAAGAGCAUGCUGAAGUUCGCCAGUUGCUAAAUAUGAGCGGUUUUGGGUUGGAUCCAGAAACUGGACGCAUUGUAGCUGAUGUCGUUGCUUGGGACGAGUUUAUCAAGGGAAAGCCAAAAUUUGGGAAGUGGAGAACCAAACUUUGUCCAAGAUAUGAUGAGAUGGAGACUAUCUUUGGCAAUGAUGCUGCCACCGGAGAGCGAGCAGUGUCUGGCUUCGACCAUUUCUCCCUAAUGAAUGUAACUGAUGAAAGUGUGAACGAGGAUGAACUGGAGAUGACAUCAAGAGUCUUGGAUCAGAAAGGUAAUUAUUCUGGAACAAAUUUUCUUACUAGAAACAAAGCAACUGGGGAGGUUGAUUUGUUGUUUCCUAAACCUGCAAGCAAACUGUAA